AUGUCGAUAUUCGCACCGCCAAUGGCCAAACCUUGGGAGGACGACGGUAGUGACCGUCCAUCCACGAACUCUUCCAACGAGCAGCCGGAGCAUGCCGCCCAUAUCCGCUCCAGGUCAAUUGCACACGCUCACAGCCCCAAGAGGCUAUCGGUCUUCAGCGGCCGCUCCAGAAGCAAUACUACCACCUCAACUUCCUCACGCCGCUCACCGGCUUCUUCCAUGACCUCGGCAGAUGGCUCCAGUCCCUCCGAAGACCGGGCUCCGUCAUCCUUGGGUCUCCGCUCCGAUAAGCACGACAAGUCAGCCCGCUCAUUUUUGGCGCGGGGUAGCCGGAUUCUGCGCCGACAGGGUAGCAAGAUCAACAUCGUCGCCACGCUGGACGAGGUAGACGAGGCCGAGCGUGAGAAGCCUCGUGCGGAGAGGGAGAUCUUUGGGCGUCGCUCUCGUCAAACCGAUCACAGCGAACGCAUGAAAAGCAUCAUCUCGGACCCUUUUGAUUUCCACCACUUGACUCAUACCAACCCGUCACAAUUCCAAUCUUUGAAUCAAACCCGCGAAAAUGACCUCGUCACCGAGUUCUCGGCCAUCCGAGCAGCUCAACGUGCCCAGACCGAUCUCAAAGGUAUCCGUGCCGAGGACAUUCAUUUCCGUAAUUUCUCCAGCGAUGACCUGCCCGGGCUUGGGACCGCCACAACGGUCGACGUGCCCAGCGUAAGCCCGCCAGCUUCUCCCAAAACACGCCGGGACCACGUGCGUAGUCCUUCCCGCGCCAACGAAAACUUCUCGCGGCCAGCUUCCAGAUAUCCUCGCUCCUGUCCCACAACUCCUCCACCUUCCGCUGUGCCGGAGACCCCCGCACCUGAGACCUGUGAGCCAGAACCUCGUGCCAUUGACGAAAUCCUGGGCCUGUCCUCUGCAAUGACGUAUCCGGAGUGUCUCCAAUCAGUGCAGCCGACUCGCUUCUUCAGCUCGGAACCACCUGCAUCUGACACCAGGACCUCGUCCAUGAACAGCCACUCUGACCUCGACGAUGUGCCGGAGGAAGAGGAAGCGACUCGCUUCUUCAGCCCUGAACAAAAUGUGAAUGAUCACACUAGGAACUCGUCCUCGAGCAGCCACUAUGACUUAGCGGAUGUCCCAGAGGAAGCGGAAGCGACUCGGUAUUGGCACAGUCCUGAUUCUAGCACAGGGAACCCCCAUUCCCGCACAGCUUCUCACGCCAGCCCACCCCCAGCCGGUACCCAGUCACCCAAGACCACCAAUUCUCCGAUGUCAAUUCAAGUCGCCGAAGAGCUGUCCAGGAAAUUCUCCGAGACGCUUGGCUCACCGACUCUUCCUCAACAUCUUCAGCACGCCCCUCAUGCACAGAUGGCGAUCACAACACCCGAGGACAUCACCCGCCUGCACCAAUUUUCAUACGAAGAAGAAAUGUAUGAUUCAUGGGACGCAGACAUCGACUACUGCUACGAGCACGCAGCCGAAUCCACCUCCAACUUCGACUGGUCUCGCACAUCCCUGGACGAAGGCCGCCCUCAAAUGGGCGUAACCUGUAACGAGGCUUCCUGGCUCUCCCCAAGGACCAGACAGCUCCAGCCCAGCCCACUGAGCACAUCCGCCCUCCCCACCCCCGACUUGGACGCCAGCCCAGCGCAGUCAGUACCUUCGCACUCCGCCGCGACCCCCUCAACGGCAGACUACGAGCGGGAAUUCAUCGCACGCAGCGAUGGUUAUUUCCAACCCGUGAACUCAAUGCUCCCAUCAAUGGGCAAACAAAUCCCCCACGAACCAUUGUACGAGGAGUACUUGAACGACAGCGAAUCAGACCGCCACUUCCCCUUUUCCCAGGGCAUGAUGGGUCCCAUCUCCCCGCGCAGCAGCUUCUCCCCAAUCAGCAAGUGUAACUCACAGGAGAGCCUGAUGCUCUCGCGCGCCGCCUCCAUCGCCCGCAAACACCGCUCCUCCGUCUCAACAGGCAGCGUCCCCGAGUUGAUCCACAGCCUAUCCAGCAGCCGCGAGCUGAUGCCAACAGACCGGGUGACCGCUGGCGAGGCACUCACCCGUCCAUCCUCAUCCUCACACCACCGCCAGACCAAGAGUCUCGCCGAGGCGCACUUCUUCCUCCCCAGUGGCAGCAACACCAGUCUCGACGGCGUGGAAUUCCCAAUGCCGGCAGUGCACGACCGCGCCAAGUCUGCCUCCGAGGUGGAUACAGCGCCCGUGAAAUUUGAAGCUCCACCCCCUGCUGUCCCGACCAAAAACCCGAACCGGAAGAAGGGUCGUUCGCCUUCUUACUCUCUCUUCCCAUCGCUCACUGAGUGA